GACUAUGAGGACAGGGACCAGGAGCGGGCUCUAGGAGGCUACGAUGACAACGACGACGACGAUGACGACGACGAUGACGAGGAGGAGGAUGGCAUCUCCAGCCAAACCCCCGAGACUCGGAAGUGGAACAACCUGUUCCGCCAGGCCCGAGAGGAGAUUCUGGAGAAGAAUGGUAAAUUUCAGGAUCCCGAGGUUCUCGGUACGUUCCUGAGCAAAUACCGAGACGUGAUCGGCGAGCCGGUCGAGAAUCAGAAGACAUCGAGCCUGCUUCACCGCAUCGUGGAUAUGGUCAAGCACAACAACAUCAGGUCGUCAGACAUACGCCCUCUGGUCCAUCACAUUGUCAACAAAUGCCCCAGUACCCUCCGCGUUGCCAGCAGCAAAGGCGAGAAUCCCUUAUACCUCGCCAUCGGAUACAAGAAAUGGAUGCUAGUCGAAUAUAUGGUGGAUGGCUGUUCUAAUCCCGAGUACCUCGCUGAUGCGAUCGCGGGCCCUUGCAAGAGCGAUCAGGACAAGACAAGCCUCCACCUCGCUCUGGAGAAAGAUCUCCGGCCCCACGUCACCGAGAAGCUCAUCAGGGGCGCCAGGGACGAUGGUUUGGGGAAGAAGGACAAGGCUGGCAAGACGCCACUUCAUUACGCCGUGAACUACGCCCAAUGCAGCGACGAGAGGGUCAAAAUCAUCGACCUGUUCAUCGCCCGAGACAAGCACUUGGUCGCCAAGGUUAGGCAGAAGAACCCCAACGAACCCGUGAAGACCUUCUUGGACGAGGAAGACCAUAAGAAAGCCUCCGUCUACCGGCAGCUUGCCACGUAUAUUGCCUCCUCGUUAACUCCGGCAAAGACCUCCAAGGCUGGAGCCGGGGAGGACGGUGGUAAGAAGCAAGUGGGGACGGGGAGGAUCGAAGCCGAGGACCAGUCAGGAAGUGUCCGGCGACCAGACCCUAAGAGCGCCGAUCGGCAGAAAGAUUCAAAAGUGCAGACCGUGCGUGAUGGCGUGCGUGGACGCGCCGGCCCCGGAGAGAAUGGCCGCCAAAGUGAUGACCGCGAUCGUGACGCCGAGAGAGGGGACAGGCGAGGACGACAGCAAGAAGAGAAGAGGCGAGAAGAAAUGCGCCUGAUGCUCCGGGAGAAGGAGGCCCGCGAAAGAGACCCCCGUGGCCGCGACCAAGAUGUCAGGAGCCAAGUUCGGGGCAGUCGUGAAGACGAGAGCCGAGACGCACGCGAUUUCCGACAAGAGGACACAGUGCAACCCAAGGGGCCCGUUGAAGUCCUCAGGUCCGAGCCGUUGCAGUCGCCAAACACUUCGCUCAAAAGAGCCCCCACGUGGCGGAGGUCGGACGCCAUAGGGGAAGCCAAAAAGGAGGGGAAGCCGACUAAGAAGAAGUCGGAGAAAACCGACCCAGAAUCCCUGGCCAGGAACUCGAAAGCGAUCCUUGCCAGGCUGAAGCUACACUACAUGAGAACAAGGAACACAGAAAGAGCCACCACAUUCCUGUACGGCAAGAAUGUCGAAGGGAUACACAUCUGUUUCGAGUAUGAUAAGCUCCCUAGGGAGAUUAAAGAAGAAACAUUCGUCAAGGGCUUCGGGGAAGACCAGGAGAGCGGCAUCAAGUUCGACGAGAUCCUGCGGCACGUGUCGUUUCCAGAGGUAGUUGUGAAGCGGAAGCCGGGGAGAAACCUCAAGGUCACGGGCGCUGCUGGACGCCAUGACAUGGAGUUUUUCUUCCAGUGGCUCUAUAAAAAGGUAUGCAACGUUUUGCUCCCGUUUUCUGGGAUGGAAAGGAAACUAAUUCCUGCACGCGCUGCAUGGCAGGGCGUCCGCCACAUCAUCAAAGUGACCGUCGACGACACCUCGAUCCCGGCCCAUGGCGAUGAGGCCAUCCAAACCUCGCUGGAGAAAAUUGUCGUGGAGCAACUCAACUGGAGCAAGGUUGACCUCGACCCCCGCACUAUCUGCCGAAUAGGUACCAGGCUUGAGAAGGAGCCAGGUAAGUUCGUGGAAGCUCCCAGCCAGCUGACCGAAGUUGCUCUGCGAUGGAGUGGAAACAACGCUGUUUUGCGGGCGUGGAGCGAGCGUGAGGGAUUGUCCCUGUUGCCUAAUCUCUCGAGAAUUUAUCUUCACAUGCCCCCAGUGACGGAAACUUGUGAUUCACAGCAAUGGGUCAACAAAAACGUUUCCGAUUUUGAGGAGCGGCUCAAUGAAAACAUCAGAAGUAUGAAGGCAACCCUCCAGGCUUCUCUGUCGUCUGGGGAGGACGAGAUACCCAAAAAAGCCGGGGAAGCGACACCAACCGCGGCGGCCAAACCAGCCGAUGAGAGGCCACCUGCAGGAGACAGUAAAGGAGACAUGGCACCACCGAAGUCGGUUGACGUUUUUCCGAUCACCCAAGCCCCAGUCAAGUCCCAAAGGGCGCCUGACGGCUCCAGGUUCACUGGGGGGGCAACGUCACCGUCCACCCAGAGCAUCAACUCGCACCAGUGGCUCGACUGCAUGGACACCUUUGCUAGCAAAUUUAAGCCCUUCUGGGAGCAAACCCUUGCCGACUUUCUCGCAUUCCGCAGCCAGCGUGCUGGAGAGACGGCGAAGGGGUUGGAGAAAGACGUCGUGGUGGCUCUGAUUGAUGACGGCGUGGAUUCGUGUGACGACGACUUGGCUGGUCGGAUCUUGCCUGGAAAGACGUUCGAUUACCAGGACGAUGGCAUGAGGCCGCACUUCGUCUCCGCCACGGGCCACGGUACAGCCAUGGCCAGCAUGAUCACACGGGUGUGUCCCAUGGCCAAGAUCUACCCCAUCCGGUUGAAGAUGCAACAGGACGAGAAAGGAGAGCCGCGGGUUGUCAUGAAAUCCGCCGCGUUGGCCAUAGAAGCCGCGCUAGACAGGCGCGCCACCAUCAUCUCCAUGUCCUGGACAGUGCCGGUCCAAAAAGAGAGUAGCCAAGACAAAGCCCAUCUAGAAGCGGUGCUCGAGCGCGCCGUAGCUAGCGACACGCUGAUGUUCUGCUCCUCCCCCGACAGCGGCCAGUUCACAUCCAAAGACUACCCGACCGCCUACAACCGCGAUCGCUUCUUCCGCAUCGGGGCCGCCAAUGAUGACGGCAGCGUCUUCCGAUGGACCGGGACCAUCGACAGCCUGGACUUCAUCCUACCGGGGGUCGACGUCGUGCGGAACCACUCCACGAAUCGUCUGCCCGACAGGGUCAAGGAGAUGAGAUCGGACACGGGCUCGAGCGUCGCGACGGCGCUGGCUGCGGGGCUGGCCGCCACCAUUAUCUACUGCGUCAAGGCGAGCGCGAUGGGUCUCCUGACGGCCGGCAAGAAGGAGGGCGGUGAGAGUAGUGAGUUCCUGAAGCUCAUUCCCCCGGCCGAGGCGGACAGGAUUGCCAAGCAUGCAAACAUGAAGCAGGCGUUUCCUAAGCUGGGCAAGCUGACCAAAGAGCGCUUCAUUCCGGUGUGGGAGUCGCUCUCGCCGGUGAAUGAGGUAUUCAAUAAUGACUUUGCAGACCCGAAGAAGCUUGAGGUUUUAGUCAAGUUUGUCAUGGCCUUGAUCCCGCAGUAGGGCUGGCCCUUCUCUGGUGACAACUUGAUGGUGCUGUACUUUGUGGGAAGUUGCUUGGCAUGGGUCGAAGAUAUCUUUAUCACCAACUAUCAGCUCAUUAUCUCCUGCUACAUCCCUGAACAUAACCUUGGCUGAAACUACGAUCCAUCUCCCCCAGAGCUCGACACAUAUCCUUAACAUCUGGCCGAACAUCUUGAUGAGCAGCGACGGGUCGCUAUAGUUCUCAACGUCCUUGCCCUCGUAAUCCCCGGGGUCUGUGAGCUGUCGCCUGGGUUGAUUCCAUAUAAGCGCCAAACAUUUAUUC